AUGCAGGGUGCUGCAGGGGCUAUGCAGGGUGCUGCAGGGGCUAUGCAGGGUGCUGCAGGGGCUAUGCAAGGUGCUGCAGGGGCUAUGCAGGGUGCUGCAGGGGCUAUGCAGGGUGCUGCAGGGGCUAUGCAGGGUGCUGCAGGGGCUAUCCAGGGUGCUGCAGGGGCUAUGCAGGGUGCUGCAGGGGCUAUGCAGGGGGGCUAUGCAGGGUGCUGCAGGGGCUAUGCAGGGUGCUGCAGGGGCUAUGCAGGGUGCUGCAGGGGCUAUGCAGGGUGCUGCAGGGGCUAUGCAGGGUGCUGCAGGGGCUAUGCAGGGUGCUGCAGGGGUUGGCCUAUCUCCUCUCUCACCCACUUCCCAGCACUGGGGUUACAGAUAUGUGCCACCAUCACCAGCUUUCCCAUGGGUGCUGAGAUCAGGCUUAUGUAG